AUGGAUGACCUGCUGGUGCUGCUGGUACUGCUGCUGAGUUCAGGACCUCAAUGUGAAAUGGCAAAAGCUGACAUUGUAAUGUUAGUGGACGGUUCGGGGAGCAUCUCCGGCGAAGACUUUAAGAGAAUGAAAUCAUUUAUAUCUCAGAUAGUCCAAAACUUCCACAUUGGUCCCAACGAAGUGCAGAUAGGUCUGACUCAGUACAGUUACCAACCAAGGACUGAGUGGUACCUGAACACCCACAAAAACAAGCAGUCCCUGCUGGAGGCCAUUAAUGACAUAAAACAAAUGGCUGGAGGCACGAUGACGGGGCAAGCUCUGGAUCACAUCCUUAAUCGGAGCUUUAAACCUGCUGUGGGGAUGCGUGCAGACUCAAAAAAAUACGUGGUUCUGAUCACUGAUGGAGCCGCUACUGACAACGUUACAAUCCCUGCAAAGAAUCUGAAAGAUACCGGGAUCGAGCUUUAUGUUAUAGGUGUGGGCCCAGAUGUUCAAAGCAAGAGGGCCAUUGAACAACUGAAGACAAUUGCCUCUGAAGAUGUUGAAAGUCAUGUUUACCUUAUUUCAACUUUCCAAUCUACCCAAAACAUCUCCGCCAGACUCUGUCGUGGUGCUACAAAUGUGAAACGGCUUCCCAGUUACGAAUAG